AAUACGCACGCCUGCUCGUAUUGUCCCUGUCGGAGGAACUAGCUACUUUUGCGUUAUUACCAACUUUUCUAAGACAUUUCUAAGACUUUUCUGACUUCUUUGGGAUUACAUCUUUCCCUGACGUUUUGUUGGAUGUUUUAACUUUCUUCAGAGAGGUGUUUCAGAUCGUAAAACCUUAAAAAGCGUGAUAAAAUAAGGUCGAGAUGGAGGACCAGGAGACUCCGGAGUUCGAGUCUCUUCAGGAUGAGCUGGAAUACUGGAAAGAACAAGCUGCAAAACACCAACAAAUAGCGGAGGAGGCUCAGUUGGAGUUAUCGGAGUUUCAGCAGAUGAGUCGAGAUUACGAGUCGGAGUUGGAGACUGAGCUCAAACAGUGUGAGACCCGCAACAAAGAACUGCUGUCCCUAAACCAGCGCCUCAGAAUGGAACUGGACAACUACAAGGAGAAGUACGAGGUGCAGCACUCGGAGGCCUUCAGGCAGAUCUCGGAGCUGGAGUCGGAGCUGUCUCAGACCUCAGCUGUGAAGGACCAGCUCCAGAGAUACAUCAGAGAACUGGAGCAGGCCAACGAUGAUCUGGAGAGAGCCAAGAGAGCCACCAUCAUGUCUCUGGAGGAUUUCGAGCAGCGGAUGAACCACGUCAUCGAGAGGAACGCAUUUUUGGAGAGUGAACUGGACGAGAAGGAAAACCUGCUGGAGUCUGUGCAGAGGCUCAAAGACGAAGCCAGAGACCUGAGACAGGAACUGGCAGUUCAACAGAAACAAGACCGGAAACCAUCUUUGAGCGCUGUGGCCACUCCCCCCCUCACCCCCCCUCACCGAAGGACAGAGGAGACGAGGAGGGAGGAGACGAGGGAAGAGACAAGAACAGAGGAGACGACACAACUUCUACCUACAGAGACGACACCAACCAAAGCUAAAGCUGCUGAUGCUUCUGCAACAACACCUGCCACCACAGAGGCGGUGGGUGGGAGCGGGACUCCGUUCACGACGUCAGCGAGAAUCUCUGCUCUCAACAUUGUGGGAGAACUGCUCAGGAAAGUCGGGAACCUGGAGUCCCGUCUGGCCUCCUGCCGAGAGUAUGUGCAUGAGCAGAGCCACAGGGGUGCGCACGUGACUUCACCCAGAGACAGACAGAAUUCAGAGACGCCUAACAGCGGCCAUUACAACAAGAGUUUGGUGAAGAGGCUGGACUUUGGCCCUGGUUCGAAGGUUUUGCUCUGAAAACUGUCCCUUUAAACAGAAUGGUACUUUUGCUGCUUCUGGACGCUGCCAAUGGACUGUGUUAAAUAACUGGACUCGCACUUGCACUUAGCUUCACCAACACCGCAAAGAAGGAAUUUGUCAAAACGUCUUGAAAUCAGAAUAUUUUUAUUUGAAUAGUGUUGACUAGUUUACAUGUAUCUUUUUGAUGGACUGAGGUUAUUGGAUUUAAUAAAGGUGCACUAUGUAACUUUUCUGUUAUAACAGAUCCACCUUCUGCUUGUCUCCAUGAAGAUACUAUUGCCUAGCUUUGAAUGUUCCCCAGUAUGGCAUUAAACUCAUCUAUCGUGCAUUUAUUCAGUUAUAGGUGCUUUAAUACAAAGAAAACACUUAAUGAGUGAGUGGACUCGACUCUCCAUGGAUCUGACCUGUAGUUUGGCCAUGUGGUGCCACCUGCUUGUUUUCAAGGAGUUCAGCAAGUUUAAUGCCAUACUAUGGAACGUUCCAGGCAAUGCAAUAACAUCUCCAUGGAGAAAACCAGAUGACUGACCCUACAAGGGAUGUAACAAUAACCGAAAUAUUGUGAUAUCAUUUUGUCAAAAGUCUCAAUAAUAUCAUGGACCAUCACAAGAUAUCGAAUUGCAAGUCUCUUUGCUUAAAUUAAUUACUUUGGUGCAGCAGUAGCUAAAAAAACUGCAUAAACCAUGAUCCUUUGCUCCGUUUCAGAGCAGAUGACAUGAAAAGUAGUAGUUAUUAGGCAUGUUUAAAUCUUAAUUCUUUGGUUUAUAACAGAACAAAAGGCUUAUCAAGGCAUUUUAAAAGGAAAGUGGCAUAUUCACAAUUCUGGUAGCUUCCACAAAAUAUCACAAUAAAUAUCGCACCAUGAGAUGUAUACAGUAAAAAUGUUGUAUCGAGAAAUUUGAACAUUGUUACAUCUCUACACCCUACACUAGAAAAGUUACAGUGCACCUUUUAUGGUUUUUACUUCAAAUAAAAUCAUCUGCCAGUGGAGUUGGAAAAUUGGUCUUAAAAUGACAUACACACACUUUCCCCAUUGGCUGAUUUUGUUCAUGAGUUACCCUGUAACCAGUUAGAAAUGAUAAAGGUGCAAUGGGUGGAGAGUCCGUCACUUAUUUGUAUUAUGAAGAUGUUAUAGCUUUGCACAGAAUGUUCCACAGUAUGGCAUUAAAGUCAUCUAUCGCUACAUUGAUUCAAUUAUAUGUGUUUUAUCGCUCAAAAAUACUUUGAAAAACAUGCUUUUGUACUAUGAGUCGGCUCCCUCUCCACAGAUCUGACCUGUAACUUGGUCUGGUGGUGUUACCUGUUUGUUUUUAUGGAGAUGCCAUACUGUGGAAUAUUUUGAUGAAGACAAGCGGAUGGCAGUAAAUACAUCAAAUACACUUAAACUGGUCAAAACUAUACGCAAAAUAUUCAGAUUCAUAUAAUUUGAACUCUUAUAUCGUUUUUGCAGUCUAACCGUCCUGAUUAUGGUUUUAAUUUAAACCAAAAUGCCUUAUCCUCAGUGACACUGGAAAUGAAUUGACUUGUUCUGCAUUGUUAACAAUGCAAAAUGAAGGGAUUUUAGAAUUACUAGAAUUUUUUAGUUUGUUUGUUUUUGUUUUUUUAUGAAUGAAUGUUACCAAAACGAGACUCAAUUUUGGACAUGAUGCACAUUUAUUUUAUUGUAUUUGGGUGUUUAAAAUGUAUUUAGGAGCUUUUUGUCAAUUGAUACUUUGCAGUGACAUCACACUGGGGGUGUUCUACAUGUAUCUCUGUGGGGGAAUUUUCAUCAGUUACCAUGGUGACACAUAGACAGGCUGGUGCCACCUAGUGCCUCCGCUCAAUUUCGUUUCUCUCCAGCGACUAGGUCAGGAAUCAAAAUACUAUAGACGGUUCGCAAAAACCCCAGAAUUGCAAGUUCGAGUACCACCCAAUCAUGGAAGAGCCAUAUAUUCAGUGUUAGGAAUGAUUCCCGAGAUGGAGCAUUUGAAGCCGAAAUAAAGAGAAUGUUUGGUGAAUUUCAUCAAAGGGAAAGACGUUAUUGUCCUUCUUCCUACGGGAUUUGGGAAAAGCUUAACAUACCAGUUAGCUCCGUUAGCGGUGCAUUACAUACGUGACUACCAAAUAGCAGCGAAUGGUUAAAUGAUAGAAACGAAUUCUAACACUGUGAGGUCAGACGGUUUCUACAAAGUGAAACCGGCUGGUGAAUCAGGCUAGGCCAGUGCUUCUCAAUUAUUUUCUGUCAUGCCCCCCCUAGGACGAAUAAAACAUCUCGCGCCCCCCCGCGUGACUAUAGAUAGUAUCAUUUGUCUAUAAAAUUGUUAUAAGUACACCUGUGCGUAACACUGCCACCUUAUAUGACGCCAACAACGCUCGCUGGUUUACUGAAGUAGCAGUCACAAAGCGGGAUGAUUGUCGGCAAUAUUCGGCACGUUUUCGCUGAAAAAACUCAAGCGGCUUAGACGCAGUAAGCACACCGGUCUUUCCUCGUCUCCCACCGUAGUCACAGUGAAGCCAAGCGCUACAUACGCUUCGUCAUAUUUCCUCGUCUUAGCUUUCGGGAGAUUUUCGUUUGUCUCUUUAUCUCCGUCUCUCUCCACCUGUCUUCUCAUCCCUGUUAAAUAUUUUUUCAUGGUGUCACUUGAGGGUCUGCUACACUUCGUGUCUACACUUCAUACUCAAACUCUGUGCUGUGUGCAAAGCGCGCAUGCUCAGUGCAAACAAAACUCCUACACCACCUAGCGAAUGCUCCCUGUGCACACUCUGCCAAUGAGAGCGCCACUGCCCCCUAAUGUAGUGGAAGUGCAAUUGCACUUUAUUCUAAAGGCCCGUUCAGACCAAAGCGUCAAAGCGUCCACUUUCUAUGUAAAGUCUAUGUGGAUGCGCGACUAGAG